GAUCACACAGACAAGAUUAUUAUCAGGAGAGAGAAGACUAGCAUCCUGAUCACACUCUCCUGGAUUGACCUGGAUCCUGAUCACUGUCCUCAGAUGUUUGAUAUUUCCAGAAAGAUCCUCCAGAAAAGAUCUCAGAAUGUUAUGGAAUUUUUCCGGAGAACAUUUUAACGAUUGAGGACUGUAUGUUUUAGGGAUUUUAAUCUAGCAAGGAUUUUUUUUCAGGGAUUUGUUUCAUUGUCUUGCCUCACAACCCAUUGUAAGGUUCACAUGUUCUUCUUCACAAUGUGGACACCUGCUGGAGAGUGAAGAAUCACAUAAUUGUAUAUUUUCAUUUUUCUCAAUUAUUUUUUUGUGGGAGAACAAAGAAUACGUUAUAAAUCCCUCACUUCUCUUUGGAUUCUUUUGGGGUGAAAGACAGACUCAAGCUUAAAAUGUCUCGGUUCACCCAGAGGAAAAUACGCACAUUAACAGGACUUUUGUGUGCCAUGACCUUCUCAAUGUUUGUGUUCAGUUACACACUCAGAGAACCCUCGCUGUACUUCUUCAGGUCCGUGCUGGGCUUAUCAGGAAGAACAUGUUCCUGUCAACACUGUAUAACUCACCUUGAUGAUGAAAAUGAUAGCUGGUUUAUGGAACGGUUUAACCAAUCCUUCCACCCACUGAUGUCCAGGAAAAGCAGCACACUCCCAGACGAGACAUACAGAUGGUGGCAGGGGCUACAGGCUGAGGAGAGCCCAUCCAAUCUAACCAUAGUGUUGGACAGAUUAUUCCAGCUGAUCCCUGCUGAGGAACGCUAUGUUGAUGCGCAUCCAGAUCGCUGUCGAUCAUGCUCUGUAGUCGGUAAUUCUGGGAACCUUCGGGAGACCGGUUAUGGGUCCUUUAUCGACUCCAGUGAUUUUGUCAUACGAAUGAACCAGGCUCCAACACAGGGUUUUGAAGAGGAUGUUGGCUAUAAGACUACUCAUCACCUUAUGUAUCCAGAGAGCGCCACCGAUUUAGACAACUCCACAAGUCUUAUACUCAUUCCCUUUAAAACUCUGGAUCUAGAGUGGAUCAUCAGCGCUCUGACUACAGGAGACAUCUCAAAACAGAUUGGAGAAGGCUCAUCCUAUCUCCACCCGUGUUCCCUAGUACCAGAGCUCUUUGGAUGCAGUUUCUUGAGUGAUUACCACUCUUCCUUUGAGGAAGUUGAGGGGGGCACAGCGGUCUCCAUCGAGUGCUUCUCUCAGUUACUGCCCAGGAACAUAGCAGUACUAAGAGGCUCGCUUCCUCUGUGGAGGUAUCUAGAGCAGCUAGUACGGUCGUCCCCUUCCGGUCCGCCGCUUCAGGGCACAGAGCUAGCUGCUCCAGACGCACCAGAGGCCAGUCUCGCGAGACUGGUUCAUUUAGGAGGAGACUUCAGCUUUGAGAGUCCUGAUGCUGUGGCUCAGGACCUCGGAGGGCAGACCCCUCUGGGAAGAGCGGUGUAA